GAACCAACCUAUUAUUGAGUCACAAUCAAAUUGUGGGAGAUGAGUCUCUAACGAUAACCUCUCUCUUGGUGACACGUGUUUAGACCACCGCUGCUUAAUAAACCCAAUCGCCCACCGGAACAUGAGUGGCGGCUAUACUUCCUCUCUAUUUCUUCUCUUCUAAGGAUUUUUCGUGUCUCAAAACUUUCAAAGACUCUCAGUUUCUAUCUCUGUGAAUAUAAUCUUAGUUAUAAAAAAAUGGGUCUCUCGCAUUUUCCAACAGCGUCAGAAGGAGUACUACCACUUCUGGUGAUGAACACGGUUGUUUCAAUCACUCUGUUGAAGAACAUGGUGAGGUCUGUUUUUCAAAUUGUUGCAUCCGAGACUGAAUCUUCCAUGGAGAUAGACGACGAGCCUGAAGAUGAUUUUGUUACUAGAAGAAUCUCGAUAACACAGUUCAAGUCUCUAUGUGAGAACAUAGAAGAGGAAGAAGAAGAGAAAGGUGUGGAGUGUUGUGUGUGCCUUUGUGGGUUUAAAGAGGAAGAGGAAGUGAGUGAGUUGGUUUCUUGCAAGCAUUUCUUCCACAGAGCUUGUCUAGACAACUGGUUUGGUAAUAACCACACCACAUGCCCUCUUUGCAGGUCCAUUCUCUAGUGGUGGAAUCUUGUUUUACACUUUCCUUUUGUUUUGCUUUGCUAUAGGAAAAUACCACAUUCUCUAUCCUCUGUUUUACCCUUUUUGGUGUUUAUGUUUUUCCCCUUCUUUUUUCUUGGUAUGGAGAAGGGGUUUUUUCAUAAUAAAGGACUAUACAAUUGAUGUGUGUGAAUGUUUUCCCCAUUUUUCUUGAGUUGAAAAAGGGGUUUGUUUUUCUUCUCUAAUAAUGGAAAUGUCAUAUUUUCAACUCU